AUGGCGGCCCUGAAGCUUCUCCUCUCCUCAGCUCGCCGUCACUGCCUUUCCAAACCUCACUCCCAUCUUCAUCCACCUCCAUUUCUAAGCUACCGCAGAUCCUUUAGCUCCGAAUCCGACCCGACCCAGAACCCAAACCCAAACUCUCCUUCUCCUCAACCCCCUACUCGACAAUCCGUGCCGAUCGAACCCGUUUCCUACUCUCUCAAGCCCAAAGACCACUCCUCACCCGACCCAGACCCAACUUCCCAACCCGAACAAACAUCACCACUGCCGCCGAGCGGGCCUCGGGACUUGCCCAACUCACCGAGUCAGGAAAAUCGCUCCGAGUGGACCCGUGAAGAGGCUCGGUUCUUAAGGCACGUGCCCUCUAUAUCUCCGGUAUCUUACCGGGUCAAAGUUGCUCCGUUGCCGGAAGAUAGGGUCCCUGAGGAGGCCGAGGGAGGCGAAACCGGAGCUGAGAAGGGUGGGGAGAGUGUGAAGGAUCACGAGGCGGUCUUGGAGAGAGAGAAGAAGAGGAUCGAGGCGGAUGGUCGAUUGAGAAGGAGGCUUUUCAGGGUACCGGAGGAGGAGGUGGUGGUUCCUUUUCCCACGUUGAUUAACGUUGAGAAGAAGGAGAGGAAGCCUAUUCUUGAUGUAAUGGACGCAAUUCGCCAAGUCAAGGCUAAUGCCAAGUGCAAAUUUGAUGAAACUGUUGAAGCUCAUGUCCAAUUGGGUAUUGAUGCCAAGAGAAAUGCAGUUCGUGGUAACAUGACUUUGCCUCAUGGUAGUGGGAAGGUUGUCAGGGUUGCUUUCUUUGCUGAGGGCGCAGAUGCAGAUGAAGCUAAAGCUGCAGGAGCAGAUAUUGUUGGCGGUGUUGAACUUGUGGAGGAAAUUGCAAGCACUCAUAAGCUCAAUGUUGACAAGUGUUUUGCAACAAAUGAAAUGAUUAUGCGCCUGGCAAAGAUUGCAAGGAUUCUUAGAGAGCGUGGUUUGAUGCCUGACCGGAAACUAGGCACUGUCACUAAUGACAUCUCUGGAGCACUGCAAAAAGUAAGACAAGGUCAUAUUGAGUAUAGAAUGGACAGAACAUCAAUUGUACACGUGGGACUUGGAAAGGUAAGCUUUACAGAGGAGUACCUGCGUGAGAACAUUGGUGCCUUUAUGAGUUCUCUUUUGCUGGCAAAGCCUGCGGGAUUAAAAAAGUCUUCCAAAUAUGCCGGGUAUAUUAACUCCUUCCACAUAUGUAGCACGAUGGGUCCAGGAGUUCCAGUUUCAAUACAGUCAUUAUCCAAAGCUGCAGAUCACUACAAUAAAAUGCACCUCAAGUGA